AAGUCGAUGGUAGUCAGUAGCUGUGACGUCAUAUUCAAGCGUCGGUGUUGUCGCCGUGCAGCAGCGUUCGCGGUUCGCAUCAUGGUGGCGUUUCCGAGUUCACUGACGGAGGAAGAAGAGGCCCUGCAAAAGAAAUAUGCAAAACUGAAGAAAAAGAAAAAGGCACUGCUCGCUUUGAAGAAGCAAAGCUCCAUCAACCAGACAAACCAGAGUGGCUUGAAACGAACAUUGUCAGACCAGCCGGUCGUUGAUACUGCAACAGCGACAGAGCAAGCAAAGAGGCUCAUCAAGUCAGGAGCCAUCAGCGCCAUCAAAUCAGAGAACAAGAACUCGGGCUUCAAACGCUCUCGAAUGCUGGAGAUUAAACUCAAGGACCCUGAGAAAGGCCAAGUUCCUGCUUUCUUACCAUUCCAGAGGAGUUUCUCUGUGGACGAAGAGCCACCUGAGGCUGGGAAGAGAUCCCAAAGGAAAUCUCUGUACGAGAGCUUUGUCAGUCCAAAAGACCGAUACCGGGAUGAAGAAGAGGGAGGCGGCAGUUCAGCCAGCCGCGAUGUGGACAGAGACAGAGACAGAGAUAGAGAGAGAGAGCGAGACCGCGAAAGAGAACUGGACAAAGAGCGAGACAAAGAGCGAGACAAAGACAAAGAGAAAGACAAAGAGAAAAGCAAGGAGAAGGAGAAAGACAUAGAAAUAGACAUAGACAUAGACAAAGACAAGGACACCGUCUCAGACAAGGAGAAGGAGAGGGACAGGGACAGGGACAGGGAGAGGGAGAGGGACAGGGAGAGGGAGAGGGAGAGGGACAGGGACAGGGACAGGGACAGGGAGAGGGAUAGGGAGAGGGAUAGGGAGAGGGACGGAGAUAGAGACAGAGAUGGGGACAGAGAUCGGGAACGAGAAAGAGACAGAAGCAGAGACAGGGAUCGAGAGCGCGAUAGGGAGCGAGAGAGAGAUGGACCAUUUAGACGGUCAGACUCGUAUCCAGAGCGGAGAGGAGUGCGGAAGGGGAACACAGUGUAUGUUUACGGAUCUGGGCUCGUCGAGGACAGCCUGCGUGCCGCUUUCUCUCAACAAGGAAACAUCAUCGACCUCUCCAUGGACAACCCACGCAAUUGUGCAUUUAUCACAUUUGAGAAGAUGGAGUCUGCAGACCAGGCUGUAGCAGAGUUGAACGGAAGCACGGUUGGAGACAUUCACAUCAAAGUCAGUAUCGCCAGGAAGCAGCCCAUGCUGGACGCUGCCACCGGCAAAUCAGUGUGGGCUUCACUGGGUAAGCACCGCACUGUUAUUGUUUGUUUGGACAUCGAUCAGACUGCACAGCGUGGACUAACCUUCACCACCGUCUCUCUCCUUUCACAGCGGUGCAGAACAGCACUAAAGGCUCCUACAGGGACAAGAGGAACCAGGUCGUGUACAGUGAGGAUUUCCUCUGAUGAAGAGGAAGAAAAGAUUUGUUUUUGUAUUUUGGCACCUUUGUUUUAACAAACUGUUUCUGAGUUGUUUAUGGUGCUAGUUGUCGGGUGAAUACAAAUCGUCUGUAGCCUGUUAGAGAAUAAAAACUGUAUUUCACAUGAUUUGUAUGUGAUGGUUUUUGAUAGCUUAAAACCCAGGUGUAGAUAUGGAGCAAAAAUAAAUAGUAUCCAUACACCGUCACCCUGAAUGAGAAUUCCAUUAAUUAUCAAAAAGACACAGUCAAAGUGGGAAAUAUAUCCAACAUCAAUUCCUAAUACAUUGUUUUUUAAAACCUCUAAUGCACAAACAAGCGUCCAGAUAUUCACGGCUUCUGUAAAUUACAAUAACCAUAGGCAGCAUGGUAGAGUACAGUGUCAAGUGUAGGAAAGAGCUGCAGAUAACUACAGGUUAUGUGUAAAUAAACACAAUAAAAAUGUUAACCGCA